CUUUGUCCGCUGGCCGGCGCAGUGAUCGCCCUGCUGGUUAUGGAAAUCUCGCCGUAAGUGUCGCUCUGCUGCUGGCUUGAGGAGAAGGGAGGGGUGCAGACAGACGUUUCCGUAUCAACCCUCUCACCGAGAAAGCCCUUCGGAAAAGACGCUUCAGCAAUGGCGGAGGCCCACCAGGCAGUGGCGUUCCAGUUCACCAUAACACCAGAGGGGAUUGACCUGCAGCUGUCCUAUCAGGCCCUUAACCAGAUCUACCUGUCCGGAGUGCGAUCAUGGAAGAAACGAUUCAGCCGCAUGAGGAACAGUUUGAUCAAGGGAGUGUACCCUGCCAGCCCUUCUUCCUGGCUCUUUGUCGUCAUAGCAAUUCUGGCCACCAUGUACAUGCGCUCUGAUCCCAGCAUGGGGCUGAUCACCAAGAUACAGCAACACCUGCCACUAAGUCUUCAUGUGUCGCUCAGUUCUCAGGGUCAGACUAUGGUGUCAGCGCUGGUCUUUAGCACUCUGCUGUGGCUCUCUCUCAUCCUGGCGCUCAGAUUCUGCCUCAAACUGCUGCUUUCCUACCACCAAUGGAUGUUUGAGCAGCACGGCCGAGUAUCUAACGUCACCAAAGUCUGGGUGACCCUACUGAGGUUAUUAUCGAGCAGGAAGCCUCUGCUGUACAGUUAUCAAACCUCUCUACCUCACCUGCCUGUACCUGCCAUCAAAGACACAGUGAGCAGGUACCUGCAGUCAGUGCGUCCUCUACUGACAGAUCCAGAGUACAAACGAAUGACCGAACUGGCCAGUCACUUUGAGUUAAACCUGGGAAACCGCCUACAACGCUACCUGAAACUCAAAGCUCUGUGGGCAACAAACUAUGUGAGCGACUGGUGGGAGGAAUAUAUCUACUUGAGGAGCCGAGGUCCUAUUAUGGUCAACAGUAACUACUAUGGCAUGGACUUUCUAUAUGUGACGCCAACGCCUGUGCAGGCAGCCAGGGCCGGCAACACCAUAACUGCCCUGCUGCUUUACCGUCGCAAGGUCAACAGGGAAGAACUCAAACCGACUCGUGUUCCAGGCACUGUCAUCCCUCUGUGUGCAGCUCAGUGUGAGAGGAUGUUCAACACAACACGCACACCAGGAGACCAGACGGAUGUGCUCCAGCACUGGCAGGACAGUGAGUUUGUGGCGGUGUACCACAAGGGAAGAUAUUUCCGUCUGUGGGUUUACCGGGCAGGCCGACUACUGUCCCCCAGGGAGAUCGAAUACCAGAUCCAGAGGAUCUUGGAUGACCUUUCACCUCCGCAGCCUGGAGAGGAAAAACUGGGAGCUCUCACCGCUGGAGACAGAAUGCCUUGGUCUCAGAUGAGGAAGCAGUACUUCAGCUCCGGCAUCAACAAACGAUCACUGGAUGCCAUCGAGAGGGCAGCCUUCUUCAUAACCUUGGACGAUGAAGAGCAAGGCAUGAGGGGAGAAGACCCGGCAGGAAACUUGGACCGCUAUGCCAAGUCCCUGCUCCAUGGGAAAUGUUACGAUAGGUGGUUUGAUAAAUCCUUCUCCAUUGUGAUCUACAAGAAUGGGAAGAGUGGACUGAAUGCAGAGCAUUCCUGGGCUGAUGCACCGACAGUCGCCCACCUUUGGGAGUAUACCCUGGCCACUGAUGCCUUCCAGCUGGGCUACACUGAGGACGGACAUUGUAAAGGCGACGUGGACCGCACGCUACCCAUGCCCCAGAGGCUUGUCUGGGACAUCCCGUCAGAGGUUCAGGCUCAGGUGAGCACCUCCCUGACUGUUGCCCAGGCACUGGCAGAUGAUGUGGACUGCCACGUGUUUCCCUUCAGAGAGUUUGGAAAAGGACGUAUCAAGAAGCUGCGUGUCAGCCCCGACGCCUUCAUACAGAUCAGCUUACAGCUCGCAUACUACAGGGAUCGUGGUGGUUUUUGCCUGACUUAUGAGGCGUCAAUGACCCGUCUCUUCAGGGAGGGCCGGACAGAGACUGUGAGAUCCUGCUCCAACGAGAGCUCUGCCUUUGUCAAAGCUCUAGAGAAUGGAGAGACAGAGGAACAGUGCAGGCGUCUCUUCCGUCUGGCUUCAGAGAGGCACCAGAACCUUUAUCGACUGGCUAUGACUGGAGCUGGAAUUGACAGACACCUCUUCUGCCUCUAUGUGGUCUCCAAAUACUUGGGGGUGGAGUCACCUUUCCUCAAAGAGGUUUUGUCGGAGCCAUGGCGUCUCUCCACCAGUCAGACACCAGUUCAGCAGAUGGAACUGUUCGACCUGAAGAACAAUCCCGAAUUCAUAUCAUUGGGCGGAGGGUUUGGACCUGUUGCUGAUGAUGGUUAUGGGGUUUCAUACAUCAUUGUGGGUGAGGAUAUGAUCAACUUCCAUGUGUCCUCCAAACACUCCUGCAGUCAGACUGACUCCCACAGGUUCGGAGCUCAGAUAAGUAAAGCUCUCCAAGACAUCAUGACUCUCCUGUCCACUGACACCAAAACCACCUCCAAAGGCACUGCACACCCUCAGACCAAGAAGCGCUUGUGAAUAAGACAAGAAGCAUCUCACCAUUUUGACAAAUAUUACCCUUGAGUCAUCUAAGCUGAGUGUAAAACCAUGAAGAACCCAUUUAACUAGACCCUACAUGUUAAAUGCACAUCUUAAGGCAUUCAUUAAACUGAUGAAAUGAGUGAAAUAAAAGGGAGAUCACAGACUAAUUCCUGAGGGCAGGCGUUUUAGUUUAGAUCAACAGUAAUAACAUUGCUUUUAGGCCCGGUUCAGAAUAAAUUGCAGAUUUACAGAGCCCUUUGAUGAUCACAGGUGAUCUGUGGCACUUUGUCACCUUUUUUUCACCUCCUGCUCAAAUAAAAAAUACAAAAAAAGCAUACCUGCAUCAGGGCACAGCCAACUCACCUGAAUGUUAAGAUUGGCAUUCUCCUAAUAAAAAAUGUUUCCCAAGCCUCCCCCUAUGAGCAGGAUUUAAAAUAUUUGACAGCUACUUAGCAUUGAUGAUGUGUAGAUACAUCUAUAUAUUUUUUAUUUUAUUUGCAUUUUCUUUAAGAUUCAGCUAGACAGCUUGUGAGAACGCAAACCACUUCAGGUCCCUUCUUUCUCAGAGAAUAUGAAACCAGCAAUGGGUGAUUUUUAAGAAAGUGGGAGCAAAGGUCAUCAUUUAAGAAUGAAGGCUUUUGUCUGUAAGUGAGACGCAUUGAAGUGGGACAAAUCUCCCUUACAUUAGGGGGAUAGCAUUAAGACAGUGGUGUCAAACUGAUCCAGUAAAGAGCCAUGUGGCUGCAGGUUUUCAUUCCAACCAAGCAAGAACACACCUGAUUUGGAUCAGCCAACCAAUCAGCCAACCAAGAAUGAAUGAAAACCUGCAGCCACAUGGCCCUUUACUGGAUCAGUUUGACACCACUGCAUUAAGAGACCCUAAAUCUCAAUACAAGUGAAGGGAAAUUUAUUGAGUUUGACCUCAGUGUAAUAAAAUACUUAGCCAACUGACACAACUCGCGCCAAUUCAGGGUUUUGAGUGCAUUUGUUUUCAUCGCUAGUCAAAUCAGAGUGAUGCAGAGAAAAGAGUCACUGAAGAGAACGAGCUGUGCUAAGACCACUGACCCGAAAACCCACAUUUUGUCAUCUGCAUUUCCUUCAUCAGCAAGUUUUACAUCCUUGUUUGUUGGCUCCCAGGCUUCUUUACUGUCUUUGUUGGCUGCCCUUCUUUUUGCCUUACCAACACCUCAAUGAUCAGUGUAGUGGAUCCAAUUAGCAGCAGGAACAUUUUUAUUGCAUUCAUGGCUGCAUACAGAAGGCAAACAAAACAUGGGCGCACAUGUAAAAACAUUGCUCUGUGGCACUGCUAGUUGUCAGAAACUCCACUUUAAAGCAAACUGUUGGCAUGCUAACAGCACCUCUUCAGCCUGCCCAAAUGACUCUGAUGAAUGCUGUGGUUCAAUGAGUAUAUACUGAGAACUGAAAAUCAGAUGAUUCUUCAUGAGGUAUAAUGUGAUUUCAGUGAAGUGUGUUGAAACUGGAAGUGGUUACUGAUUGUCUUUGAACUGUUUCACAUUUCACAGCAUAGGGUUAUCAUUUGUGGUUCAGGAUGCCUGUGUGCCAGCUGGAGGGCUGCCAACUAUUCUGCGCUUUGUGUCUCAACAUCUGGUGAAAACAUGAGCCAUGGGGACACAAAAUGACACAUGAUACUUUAAAGCUGAAAGUCACUGUUUUCCACUGUUCAAGUGCGGUGCUUCAGUAUGAAUUCUAAUUGACACAUUUUAUCAACAUUAUCUGAUUGCACUCGUUACCAAGUAACACCUCAUAAAUGAUAGUUAUGACUGAGGUCAGAUAGCCAGUCACAGUUGUGUUUUGCUAGUAUUGAAUGAGACACACCUCAAGUUUGCCAAGGAAUCGGUAGUUGACUCACUCACUCACUGUGUUGUAUUCACUUGUAUUGCCUUGUCAUUUUCUUAACCAGCUAUUUUUAUUUUUCAAGGGAGCCUCUUUCAAACGUCUGGGAAGGGAAAGGGGUAGUGAACCCUUCCACUUCUCUUUUGACUUAAGCACACUUACUAUGGCAAAGACAUAUAGAAGUAAGUAUUCUAUUUGAUCAGGAUUUAGAUGAACAAAUGGUACAACCUACUGAGGAGUCCCUCUCCUCUCUCUCUCUGCUUUUAAGAGCUAUUGCAUGUAAGAAACACAAUUGUGCCUAAUUUCAAGUAUUCAUUCAGUGAAACAGUUUCAAUGCAAUUUUUAAGUCAAUGCACUUCCUGAGGGAAACCUUGUGACAUUUCUUGUGCAGCUUUCUUCUCUGUGUGUUUUAUUAGAAUGUACUACAGUUGCUCAGUUAGUUACUGUUCGCAUCGUCAGCAUAUUCUCAGAUGUGCAGUGAUGUAGUGGCAAACAAAGAAAGAAAGUCAGCUAUUAACUCCAACAUUGUUACUCAUACACUGCAUUACAUGUAUUACAUAGUCUGCACUCCCAAAAUUAGCCAAAUGUUCCUGGACUAUUACAAUUAGAAACAUUGACUAAAAAGUGACUGUUGAUGUAGCAUUAACUUUCCACUACAUCUCUGCACAUGUUUUCUAACUUCUUGGUAUCUCUUUUUCGAGAAACUUUUGAAAUAAUAUUUUCUUAACCUCAGACCACAGUGGCUUCAGUUUCUGUCUCAGGUUCGACAUUUAGCAACUCAUUUCCUAAACUGUUGACCGCCUGAGCAGCCCUUUAUGUUUUACGCAACAGUUUUAACAGUUUAAACAUGUGGAAGGCCUUUAAGAAGCUGAUGUUCAUUAUAUUAUUCCUGGUUCUCUUUUCCUGUCCCAGUGUACAGAACAGAUUUCCCUGUGCUCAGAGAGAAAGUGCUCAAACGAGCUUGACAGAAAGAGAAUGAAACCAGUUUAACCACUUAGUAAUGGUGUACGUCUAAAUACAACUAAACAUUUUAUUGUGAUCGCGCACAAAAAAAGGAUUAUGUGAACAUCAAAACAUUUGUCACAAAUACACUAGGUUUCAAUGCGUUUGUCCUCUCGUCCCUUCUGUGCCUAUAUGAUGUAUAUUUUUGUAAGUCGUCAUAUGAAAUGCUGAGCCCCUUGGUCUAUUUAAGAAGGGCUUCUCAUGAUGUUUGCUCAUUCCAGAUUAAUCUGCUUGUACAGGCGCUCCAGAUAAAUGCAUCAAAUGUGACAGAUGUUAUUUAGCCCUCAUGACUGUCCGUCGUCCCUCACUUCAUGCCUCAGCCUGCCUUGAAAGCCAGUCAGACCAAUAAUGUGCCUCAGAUUUCUCUGCUUACGCAAUGGAAUCAUCGUCUUCAGGCUGUCAACAGUUUACAAAAUGAGCCUCUCACAAAAGAGCAGCACAGCAGAAUAGAUUAGUACUGUCUUUUCUUACUUAAUUGAUUUGGGGGUACAUUUUUAUUGUUUAUUUCUAUGUAACCUAUACAACUACUGUUCUUACUCUUGGUAAUGGUGACGCUUGAAGAUUUUUAAUGAGUUUUUGGGUAUUGUAGUUUUUAAUUAUAUCCCAUGUUUACUGAUUUUACACUCCAAAAGAUGUGUGUGUUUUGCUCUGUAUUUGUCUGGUUUUCAUUCUCAAGCCUAUUUAAAUGUUAAUUGUGGACUUUGUUAAGAAGGCCUUUUAUAGAUGGAAUUGGUGUGUUAUGUGAAAUAAAAUACUUACCCUACAGUAGAUCUGCA